CUGUGAUAAGAAAGGGAGAGCGGCUCAGCACCUCAGGCCUGGGUCUGCGUUCAGGGUCAGCCCAAGGCUGGGGGCACUGCGGGCUCGUCCGGGCUUUGACUCGGUGUCUUCCCCUUCCUUCCCCCGGGCGGGACGGGCGCCUGCGGCUGCAGGGAACGGCACCAGCGGACCAAACUGGUCCCGGGUGCUUUCGAGUGGAGUCGGAGCAAAGGCCGUGGCAGCUCGGCGGGGGCGGCCACAGCAGUAGCUAUAAAGAGCGCUCGUUUGCCCCGCUCGGGAUGCGGGGCUCGCCGCGUCCUCAGCCGCUUGUCGCGGGGAGCAGAAGUAGACCAAAAAGAAAGUCUGAUGGCUUCUGCACACACUGAUCCUCAGGAAGAUGGGAGUGUGAAUGGGAGUGAGAGUGACAGUAGUGCUGAUGAAGAGAGUGAGACCACGGACAGUAGUCUGGAGCAUUAUUCUUCCCCAUUUGAUGGAGAAGAAGAUGGAGAAACAGAAGUUGAAGAAGAUAAAAGCCAUCGUGACUUUUCAGAUAUAUUGAGAGCUGAAGAAGAUUUGCAACAUGUUUCAAAAGCUGAUAGAGAAGAUUCCAAAGAACUCAGGGACACACAACAAAGAGAAUGUCUCAGAUUUCUGAAGAAACUGUCUUCAUUCGUUUGGAAAUCCCUGUCAAAAGCUAAGUAUGUCAGUUUACUAAAUGACUUUGUGGAGUCUGAAUUUUUUGUGAUUGAUGGGGAUUCCCUGCUUCUCAAGUAUUUAUGCAAGAAAAGACAAUAUCUGCCCUUCUUUUACUUAGUUGAAUGCUUUCUGCUGGAUUUCACCCAAAAAGGAGCAAAAUAUGUAAUUGUUUUCUUCAAGGAUGUGGAACAGAUGUAUUUCAGUUACCCUAUUUUCCUUUUCCAUCGUACUGCGUUAAUACAACACCUGAAGUGCAACACUGACAUUGUUAUUCAUACAGAGUUUUCCAAUUGUUUCUCACCAGAAUGGCAGAUUUUCCUCAAGGCAAAUUAUCCAUAUUUUGUGAUAAUUUCUGAUUUAGGACUUACCUCUCUACAAGAAGACUAUUUACAUAUAUUCAUCGCUCAUACCUUGUCAAAGAAAAUCAAUGUUGUGCUCACUUCAGGACAGGAGUCUGAUGCUCUUAGAGUUUAUGGAUAUUAUGUCCAGAAUGCAUAUGAACACAGGUUAUUUUUUCAGCAGCAUGAAAAGGAUCUGCAACAUACUUGUGAAACCAUGGUCAAACACUUACAUAAAACCCAGGAUACAGCCUAUCUGUAUAAUUUAAAGAUGAGCUUGAGAAACAUACAAGAAGAGGUAUGUCGGACUAUUUUGCUGCUGAAGCAUCUGUGGCCAGAAGGAUCCGACAUUAGAUAUAUAGUUUGUGUUCUUACAUGUACAGUGGGAUUAAAAAUGUACAGUAACAUGUUAGAAAAUUCAAAAGUUUCUGAGGAAACAAAUGAACAACUAACAAAAAAUUUCAGUCAGAAGCAACAACAUUGUGACUAUUUUGUUCUGAAGCAACUAAAUGAUGAAAGUGACUGGCAAUUGGAUUUAACUCACCUGCCUGAUUUAAGGGACAAUUCACUGUUAAAGAAUCUUUCACAUUACUAUGAAAUAGAAUACUGCUCAGGGUUAAAUUUGGAAUUGGGCACAGAAAUGAAGAGUGAAUACCAGUAUCUGUGGAAUACUGUAAUAAAAUUAGCUGCCAGCUGUGAUUUUGGAGAUGCUUUCCCAGAGAGAACCACCUCACAACUGUUCCUUGAACAGAAACAAAUGUUAUUUAAAGAAUCUAAGGAAGAAAUUCCCAGUAUAGGGCUCAUCCCAGUGAAAUCUGACCUUGUUGAAGAUUAUGCUGGAGCUGUUUUGGCAGAUUUACCUAUUUUAAGCAGCAAUGAUCCUGCAGUUACUUCACUUAUUAAACAAACAGAAUUUGAUGAACUUCAGCACUGGCAUUCAGGCAAACCUCUCAGUGAUGAUUAUGACAGAAUGAGGUGCACCAAUGAUGCAAAGUCCAAAAGUCCAGAAGAAAGAAGGGGCAUACAAAAGUUACAGUCUUAUUAUCGACUUUAUGGAAGAUCAUUGGAAGGCAACAUUUCAAAGACAAUUGUAACCCAGGUGGAUGUGCACUUGGUUCCCACAAGCACUAAGGCUGCUGUCACAAAGACAAAAAAAUUACAUAAAAGUAAAGCAGAAAUAAUUGCAGAGGAAAACCAGAAGCGACUAGAAGCUAAAGAAGAGAAGAAAGAACAGGAACAAUGGAGUGCCUUAUCUGUGUCAAUUGAAAGGGAAAUUAAAGAGAAUUUUAUCUGUGGAAUAAAUAGACUGGAGAAUUUCCUUAAGACAUGUCAAAGUAAUUCUGUGACAUUCACAGCAGAAAUGGGAGGACUGAAUGUCUCUUUAGAAGUUUGGAAGGAACACUGCAGAAGCCAAGGCAAAAAAUCGAGAGAUUUAAGCAUAGCUGUCCAAGUGAUGAGGAGAAUUCACAUACUUCUUGAAAAACACCAGGAACUAUUAAAGAAGUCACAUGUACAAAAGUUGUCCAGAUGUCUGAAAUACCUUGGAUUUGAGAAUUUGGCAUGCUCUUUGUCUAGCCAGAUAAUAGAAAGUGACACUGAGAAGAUAGCCAAAUAUACUACUGAGAUGGGAGCAGCUCGUUUUCAGCUACAAUAUAUGGGCUGCUACUUGUUCAGAGAAGAGAGGAAAGAUCCAGAUCCCAGAGCACAGCAUUUUAUACCAGACACAUGGCAGCGAGAACUUCUUGAUGUUGUAGACAAUAAUGAGUCUGCAGUGAUUGUUGCUCCUACUUCAUCAGGGAAAACCUAUGCUUCAUAUUAUUGCAUGGAGAAAGUUCUGAAAGAGAGCAAUGAAGGAGUAGUUGUAUAUGUUUCACUAACAAAGGCUCUUGUAAACCAAGUGAUGGGAACUAUAUACAAUCGGUUCACCAAGACAUUGCCUCAUGGAUUAGUAGUAGGUGGAAUUUUCACAAGGGAUUAUCGCCAUGAUACCCUGAACUGUCAGAUACUUGUGACGGUGCCUCAGUGUUUAGAAAUCUUGUUGCUAUCCCCUCAUCGCCAGGAUUGGGUCAAAAGAAUAAGAUAUGUUAUAUUUGAUGAAGUCCAUUGUCUUGGUGGGGAAAUUGGAGCAGAAGUUUGGGAGCACCUCCUGGUUAUGAUUCGAUGUCCAUUUCUGGCUCUCUCUGCAACUAUCAGUAACCCUGAACAUCUUACUGAAUGGCUACAGUCAGUAAAAAGAUACUGGCAACUUGCUGAAAGUACAAUAGAAGAAAGCCCUUGUUCUUCUACAACUGCCAGGAAAUGUACAAGGAAGCAAAAACUACAAAAAACAAAAAAAUCAUAUAGAGUUAGACUAGUACUGCAUGGAGAGAGAUACAAUGAUCUGGAAAAGUAUGUGUGUUCUCUCAAGGAUAAUGAUUUCGUCAUUGAUCACUAUCACCCAUGUGCUGCAUUAACAGUCAGUCAUAUUGAGAACUAUGGCAUUCCUUCAGACACUGCCUUCUCUCCACGAGAGAGUAUCCAGCUAUAUGACAUGAUGGCAAAAGUCUGGGAAGAGUGGCCAAGAUUACAGGAGUUAGAUCCUGAGGAAUUUACCUCUUUCAAGAAUAAAAUAGUAAUCACAAAGGCAGAUGUAAAAAAUUAUGAACAGGAGCUGAAGAAAGAACUAAUCAACUGGAUUAUACUUGGUCAAAGAGAGAAGGUAACUAAAAAUGUCAGAAGCAUGUCCCCUUCUGAAGCAUAAAUACAAUAUUAAUACAGUACAAGUACCCCCUAAGUUAUUAAAACUAACUUUUUGCUGUUUCUUUUGUUUAACAUUCAUUCAGUAGAAAAAACAGCCAUGGAUGCAUUUUAUAAUUUGAUGAAAAAACAAAGGAGUGAACGAGAUCCAAAUACUGAGAAAAAAAUAGAAAGGUUAACAUAUAAACUAAGAAAAACAAAUAAAACUUUCAGGAGAUGUCUGACUGCUACCCUAAAAAAGGAGUCUUCCACUAACCUUGAGAGAAUGAUCCUUAAUUUGAAUGAAAAACAACAUUUAAGGAAAAGACUUGAAAAGCUUACUAAGGUCCCUCCAGACAGUACUUACGCUAAUUCUAAAGCUGUGGAUAAAGAAACCUUGAUGGAGAUCUUUCACCGAAUUAGGUUUGAAAGGAAGCGUUUCCAGCUGAGAAUGUUGGCAGAGAAGGGUAUUGGAUAUCAUCAUGCUUCAAUGGCAUACAAAGAAAGACAAGUCGUGGAGAUGCUUUUCAGGAUGGGGUAUAUCCGGGUGGUUACAGCUACUGGAUCACUUGCUUUGGGAAUCAAUAUGCCAUGUAAAUCUGUUGUCUUUAGUGAAGAUUCUGUCUUUUUAGAUGCUCUGAAUUAUAGACAGAUGUCUGGACGUGCUGGAAGACGUGGACACGAUAUGAUAGGAAGUGUGUUCUUCUAUGAUAUCCCACUGCCUAAGGUUGAAAAACUUAUAAAAUCCAAUGUACCCCAACUGAAAGGCCAGUUCCCUCUGAGUAUUUCCCUGGUACUGAGACUCAUGCUAUUGGCUGCAAAAGCAGAUGACAAAGCAGAUGCCAGAGCAAAGGUUCUGUCAGUGUUGAAGCACUCACUGCUGUCCUUCAAACAACCACAGAAUACUGAAAUGUUAAAAGUAUACUUUAUCUUUUCCUUGCAGUUUCUUGUCAAAGAGGGCUACUUGGAUCAAGAAGGUAACCCCAUGGGAUUUACUGGACUUGUGACCCAUUUACAUUAUCAUGAACCUUCAAAUUUUGUCCUAGUUAGCUUUCUUGUGAAAGGCUUAUUCCACAAACUGUGCCAGCCAGUUGAGAAUGGCUCGACUGUUUUUUCUGAAGAUGUGAUGGAACAAUUAGUGCUAGUGCUAGCAAAUUUAUUUGGAAGGAGAUAUCUACCGGCCUGUGCUACAAAAUUUAGAAGAACAUCUUACCAGUCAAAGGUGUUUCUAGAAGAUCUUCCAGAAGAGUUUGCUGCUGCUGUUCAUGAAUACAACUGCAAAAUAGAGAAGAAUUUUGGUUGUUUUCUUCUAACAGUUGCCAAGCUGGCUGACAUGGAACAAGAAUACCAACUUCCUUUAUCAAAGAUAGAUUUUACACACAAAGAACGUGGUAACUCUGAACUGACAUCUCAUUUGAUGAAUAGCACCAAAAGCAUAGCUUCUGUGUCACCUUUCACAUGCCUGUCUGGAACCGUUGACCAGGAUUUAUUUGAUGCUGAGAAUGUUAAUGAAGCUGUCUUGCGUACAAUUGGUGUUAAUGUCAGAAAUGCUCCUCUGUGUUGGUUGGAGAAAUACGAUAAUCAAGGAAGAAGAAUUACACUGAAUGCUUAUGCCCUUGACUUCUUUAAACAUGGCUCCUUGAUUGCACUACAAGAUAACUGGUUAAAUGAAGGAGAUGCUUACAAUCUACUCAAAGAUUUUUCACUUCUUAUUAAAGCAAUCGGAACAUCCUUAGGUGAACUUUGUGAUGAUCCAAAUGACAAUGUUGUACUUGCAUUUCAACAACUGAGUGAAAGAUACCGUGAAAAACUGUAGUCUGAGCAUCACAUACUCUGUAAAGCUGAAGAAGUGACAGUAAGAAUCUUCUGGACAGAAGACCUGGACAAAAAAUAUUUUUAGCAGCUAAUUUAAGCUAAGUGAGUAGAGGAUGAUCACUCUUCAUUCUCAAACACACUUGGAAUAAAAUUACAACAACUAUAUUGGGUUUUAGUCAGUAAGGCAUAGGUUCAUUUUCUUUUAAUUAUAAAUAUAAAUGAUUUUUAAAGCUUGUUAUAUACUUGUGAUGGUUAAUUUAAAACAGAUGUCUUAAGUUUAAGAUUGAACCAUUAGUGGUUUUGUAACAAAGGAUGUAACUAGACAAUUGUAUCAUUUUUAUUAAAUUAAAAUUUAUUUUAAACCAGAGUUUUUUGAAGUGUCUAUAUAUACUUGGAAGUUUCUAGGGACAACUACUUGUAGCUCACUCUCUGUCAUUAACUGACGUCUACAGGGGACAUGCAAGUCA